AUGUCAGAAUUCCCUCAGGUCGACGUCAAAUCGCUCAAAGUAGCUGAACUCAAGGAAGAGCUUACGAACAGAGGACUAGAGACAAAGGGUCUCAAGAAGGAUCUCGCAGAUAGAUUACAAGCUUUCCAGGACUCUCAAUCCCAGAAAGCGGAUGAUGCGAAUUCAGGGGAUGUCAAAGCUGCUACCACAGAAACAGCAGCAAAGGAUGAAGAGCAGGAAGAGGGUGUAGGACGUACGAUGCUUGAUGGAUAUCCCGAAGAACCCUCUACUCAACAUCACCCUCCACCUCCAGGCGAUGUCACAAAAGAUGAAAUAUCGACUGAACCCGCUGCGUUAGAUGAAGAAGUGGCUAAAGUGGUAGCUGAAGAGGAAGCAAAAACAGUCUUAUCACCUACUCCAAGUCCACCUAGACGAUUGUCCCCUGUACCCGCUCAGAGGGAGGAACCUCAGGAAAAGGGAGUGGGGAAAGUCAUGGUUGAUGAAUAUCCUGAGGAAACAUCUACAAAUCAUCAUCAGAAAAAAGCGGAUAAAAGUAUAGAACAAGUUGAGCCUAAGGUUUUGGAUAAUGAAGUAGCAAAAGUGGUUGCUGCUCAGGAAACUAAGGAGAUUUCAUUGGAGAAAACCUCACCAAGUCCACCAAAGAGGUUAUCUCCUUUAGCUAACCAACGAGCUCAAGAUGAAGAUGAGGAUAUGCAGAUUGAUGAUGAGGAGGAAGAAGAAGAAGGUGGUGAACAAAGUAGGAAACGACCUCGAUCAGAUACACCUGAUGAUAAAUCGAAAAGACAGAAAAUCGAAUUACCUUCGACCCUGUCACAUAUAAGAGAACCACCCACUUCAGUAUUAUACGUUAACAACCUCAAGAGACCACUACUCCAUUCUACUUUGCACUCUUAUCUUACUCCUUCAUCUUCAUCCUCAAAUGCCAAACUACCUUCGGCGAAAAUGCCAUUUGCUUCAGAGGAAUAUGGUGGAUUAUGGUUAUCCGGCGUGAAAUCUCAUGCGUACGCUACAUACCCUUCUGUACAGGAUGCAAUAGAAGUUGCCGAGAAAGUAGAAAAUACUAAAUGGCCUGAAGAUACGGGUGAUAUACUGAAGAUACAUUUCAUACCUGAAGAUAAGUUGUUGGAAUUGGUAGAACAGGAAGAACAAGCUUGGGCUAAUGGUAGGAAGAAAUUAGAUUUGAAUGUUCGAGAAGAUGGGGGAUGGAUAUUUGAGUUAAGCGGUGCGGGCGGAUUGGGGAGGAUACCACCUCCGCCUAGGGAAUUACCAAUGAGGAACGAAAGGAUACAUCCUGCAAGGGUUGACGGGGGGAGUGGGAAUGGUCCAAUAGCUGUACCCUUAACUGGAGGGCGGGGUGGAUCAGGACUCGGACCAGGACCUAGAGCUCCUCUAACUGGAGUCAACGCUAUCAAUCCUACUGGACCUGUUAGAGGACAAGCAAUGGGUAUAAGAGGUAGAGCGAAUAACAGUCUACCACUACCACAUGGAAGUAGGGGUGUCGGUAUUCCACCGCGAGAUAACAGAGAUAGGACUUAUGAUAGGAAUGGUACGGGAGAAGGAUUGAGAGGAUGGACAGAUGAGAAGCACAAGGAAAGAGAAAUAAUGAAAAUGAGACCUACGAGGUAUAGGCCUAGGUUGUUCUGGAAGAAAGGUCCAGGAGCACUUGAGGGGAUAUAG